AUGGGCAAAAACAAGCCCAUCGACCCUAAACAGCGAGCAAGACAACUGCUACGUUUCCACGCUGCCGAGCACCCCUACGCAGUGAAGAUCACCGAGUCGGACUUGGAUCUAGCUCGCCGUCUACAGCCAGCAUUCAACCCCGAGGCGGACCCAGUGGAAGCAGACGAUAGAAAUCCCUAUCCUCAAACCUGGGAAUCCCAAAAGGGCUCGCUUCCUAGCGGCCUUUCCACUGAAGCCAGCCGCGACAGCUCCGCUGGGAUAGAUUCGGCGGCACCAAACUCGCCCAGUGGCCAACCCCGCCAAGACAAAGGGAAAGCAAAAGCAACAGCUUCAACAUCAACACUAUCAUCAGCACCAUCAUCUCGAUCCUCGAAAUCAAACUCAACCACCCAAAGCCUUCCCUUCGGACCUUCCACUCAACCAUCUACAGUCCGUCGUAUUAAAAUCCAAGUCCCAAAAUCAACACGGGUCCCAAGACUAGCAAGUCCAAGUCAAGACCGCUCAUCAUCACCCGACCCACUCGGUUCGUCGACGUUGCCAGUUGAGGAGCUGGACCAGCUCCCUAAAGACCAAGAACCCCAAUACAACCUUCUUGAAUUUCGGGAAAGUCAGUUCGGACCCCAAGCCUUUGGGAAAACUCCCCGUCUACUUGACGAGCAAUCAUUCGUCAAUUCCCCACACUCCCCUGUCAGACAUUCCCCUGCAGCAAGACCGUCACCAAUCAACACUCGGACCAGACGUUCGCCUUUGAGAUCAUCGCCACCCGCAGUUGACGGUUGGAAUCUCAAUCUCCAGGAAGACGACGACAUUGAGACCGGUACCCCUCGAAGCCGGAAAUUCAGGCCGGGCGACGCUACAUCCCGUCAAACGACAGCAGAUAGGAUACCUAGCAACUAUCCAGAUUCACCCCAUAUCAGCUUCAACUUUGAAAGCCGCAACCCGAGCUUCGACUCCGACGUCGACGUUACAUCUUCCACCAACCCAGAAUCAAACACUGCGCAUAAAGACUCUACAGCCCGGCAGCAGCCAGCAGCCAAAUCAGACUCACAACCUGGUCGUCAACUCAGUCCUAAACGUCAAGUCAGCCUUAAUCCUAACGAGAUGUCGUCGAAUAAUAAUAAUAAUAACCCCAACCAACCAUUGACUCGGCAGGCUGCAGCUGAGCUGAUGGCCGCGGCCUUCCAGAGGGCCCGCGAAACGGCUAACUAGGACAUAGCAAACCUUUUCGCUGCAGCAUGGAAUUCGGCUCCCGCUGUCCCCGGAUCAGCAGCAUCUACCAGCCUUAAGCCAAGCGAUGUGGGUUACUUUGAUCCAUCCAUUAAUGACCCUUCGGGUUCUGGCGUUGUUACAGAUAGAAAGUUUACUAAAUAUUAUAACGUCUACCCGUUCUGCGACAGACUCACGGACCUGGAGACAUACUAUGGGGCGGAAGCAG